UUAUUUGAGGAAUCAAAAAUUAACUACUAAAUACUAAAUAGUCAGUUCUGUGCUUUUACCAUACUAAAUAUCACGAGGAUUUAUUUCUAAUGAUGUGCAAAAUAUAAAGGUAUUAGUAAUAUGCUGUAAUAUAUUAUAUGUGUCUACCUUCUACAAGAAUAUGAUAGAAAAAUAUCUAAUUUUCAAACUAUAGAAACUAUCUAGGUAUUAUACAUUUGUCAUGGACGAAGAACUUACUAGUGAAUUUAGUACCUCCAGAGUUGUUACUGAAAACAAAGAAAAAAUUGAAAUACUAUUAAAAGCAACUGGUAAUGCACCAAUUCUCAAGACGAAAAAAUGGAUGGUUGAAAAAGAAAAGACAGUGGCUUCUAUUCAUGAAUUCUUACGGAAACUAUUAAAACUAGAUCCAUCAGAUAGUUUGUUCUUAUAUGUGAAUCAAGCAUUUGCACCACCACCUGAUCAGACAAUGAGAAAUUUAUAUGACUGUUACAACACAGAUGGUCGUCUUGUAUUACAUUAUUGUAAAACCCAAGCUUGGGGGUAAGAUCAUAUUACAUUUUGUUUCUUUGGAAUUAAAAAUGUUUUAAUUUGAGUUUAUUAUAAGCUACCUAUUAUAAUAAAUUAUAAACAUUCAUUAUGAAUAAAUGUGUAUAUUGUAUAUAAAAAAAAAAAUGCUUUAAAAUUAUUUAAAUUUGAAUCUAGUAUACUCAAUUGGUAAAAAUAUGAUGGGGGACGGAGUGACCAAGUAGAUUAAGUGUUGCGUUGCACACUGACACCGGUUCAAACCCGGCCGCUGGUGGCAUUUUUCUUCGGCAGAUAGGUAUUAGCAGAUAACUACGGGUGCUCACUAAAAAAUCUGUCAAAAACAACACACACAAAAACCACAGUUUCCUCCCCCACAGUACCACAAGCUAAUAACCUCAGUAGUUAAAGCCAUAACCCCCCUCCCCCCCAAAAAAAAACAUGAUAUUGAAAUAUUGUAUACAAUAGUCAAUUACAUGUUAUUUUGUAUUUUUUGUAUUACUACAGGUAUAAAUAAUAGAUUUUAUUUAUCAUUAUUAAACAUUUUAAAAUAACACUUGUCAUUUAUUAUACAUUUUGGAAUAAGGCAGAGUUGUUAAUGUCAUUAAUCUGGAUGCAAGCUCAACACUCGAGAGGGAGACAACUCUAUAGACUGUAGGUUUCAUUCAAUAUUUGCAUUCCGCUAUAAGAAUACCUAUUUAAUAUUUUAGUCUUUCAGAAAAGAUUACAAAUAAGGUUAUAAUUAAUGGAUUGAAAUAAAGAAAAUAUUAAAUAUUUAAACUUACAGCUAAAAUAACUAUUUCAAUUUAAAAUAAUUAUUAGAUUUAAGUAUUUAACAAAUUAAUCAACUCAACAAAGAAAGCUUACCAUUAUAAAUAUGGUAGAAUGCUCUCAAUUUAAUGGAAAUUUACUAUCUAAUUUUCCACGAUAGUCGAUAACCAAUGCGAUUUGUAUUUUUUUGACAUAACUAUUAUUCUUACGUGGUCAUCAGCUUAAUUUGUUUUAACUUGGUAGAUUUCGGUUUCGGUUCCCAGAAAACUAAAAUGUAGGUUUGGUUCAAAACCUGUUUUGUUGUUAUACUUAUGAAAAAAAAUUGUAAAGUAUUGGUUCCAGUAAAGUGUCGGUUUUUAAAUUAACUUAUAUAAAGGUUUCGGUUCCAAAAUCAGUUCUUUUCGGUUAGGUUCCAGUCCCUGCACUAACUAGGGUUAGGAUUUAAUGCAUUGGUAUAUGGGCUUAAAGUGGGUAAAAUUCCAGGAGGGACUAAUUGUCUCCAUACAGUGUUAUAACUUAUAAGCGUUCCAUAAUAUAUAAUUUUAUAUUUAUAUAUAAUGUCUAAUG